UUUCAAGACCAAGAUUCUUCUUCUACUCAAUCAACUGGUCAGUCUUAUAUGGAAGUCGGUUCGAGACAAUCAGGUCCAAUUUCUGUCAAGUAUAGCAAUUCUUCUGCUUGUUCAACACUUAGCGAAACUGCAGAGGGUCGCGAUUUUAUAUUGCAUCCGUCUCAACAGAAUCACAACCGAUCACAUGAAAGUAUGUAUGUGUUUGUUCUUGGUGGAAAUAAGAUAGCUAUUUAUCAUGCUCAGCUAGUAGGAAUGGCUCCGGUUCGAAUUCCUCUGCCUCUUGAUCUUCAUGAGGAGCCAAUAUAUGUGAAUCCGAAGCAGUACCAUGCUAUUAUGAGACGUAGACAGUAUCGCGCAAAUCUAGAAGCACAGAACAAACUCAUAAAAAAUCGGAAACCGUAUCUACAUGAGUCACGCCAUUUGCACGCAUUGAAGAGAGCUAGAGGUUCCGGUGGAUGUUUUCUAAAUACCAAAAAGCUCCAAGAUCAUGGUCUUAAUAUUUCCGCUGCUACUUGGCUGAAUCCGAGCGGAGAUGUGCCGAAAUUAAAGGUACAUCAAGUAGAAACCUAUAGAGACGGUGCUUCCACAACCACUUGUUCUGAUGUCACGAGUGCUUCUAGUAGUGAUGACAUGUUCCAACAACACGAAUCCGAAUUCAAAUCAUGUGAUUACCCUUCUCAUAUGCAAGGUUUCUUAACCGAUACCGGUGGUGGUGGUGGAAAUCAACGCCAUAUGUCGGUCAUUAUGUGA